GAAGCUGGACAGAAUGUCUGGGGCUUCUGCUAUAUCGAGUGCAGAUCUAUUUGGCGAGGAGCAGCGCUCAGGUAACAAAGGUUUCACACUCUGCAUUGUACAGCAAGUACAGAUCAUAGAUAUCUUAUAUACACUAGAUAGCGCAUCUCUUUUGGUAAAAUUGAAGCCAAGAAUAUUCCAGCGGUUACCUCCAUUUGAAUAGAUGACGGCCAUGUUGGUAGUUCCCCACUCGCUAAUAAACGCUCAAAAAACAUCAAUAUAUAACUUUCAUCAUUUGAAUAGUUUAAAAAUGUAUUUAUAAUAGGAUUAACUUAAUGUUUAAGUUCCCUGUUUAAGAAGUAGAAAACAUACGAAUCUUCUCAUUUUAUGGGAAUAUCCUGAGUCUGCAAUCACGGCUUCAAUUUUUGAAUUGCAGAAUAAUUAGAUGCACUAUCUAGUGUAUAUAAGAUAUCUAUGGUACAGAUUGACCGCCUGACAAAAUGUUCGAUGAUUUUGAGUUUUUUUUUUUUUAUAUAAACAUAGUUUAUUAAAUAAUUAAAGUGUUUAUCCCAAAAACACAAAAGGCUUAUCAAGGGGACUCACACAAGUUUAUAUACAAGUAUAUGAAAAAAGAUAAGAAAGAAAAUACGUACAUAGAACGUUAGUAAAGACAAGAAAAAAGAGACAAUAUAUAGACUUUGAGUUUGGGUUGCACAUAUGUAUUGUGAUGUACCAUGGAUGUCUUUGAGUUCAGUUUGGAAAUAAGUAUGAAUGCAGACACAAAUUAAUAUCAGCACAGUUUUGUAAAAUGCAUAUGAAUCUUGGCAAUGAAUUUCCGAUCCCCACGAUGAAAACCCCGCACUUGAUUACAAAUUUCCAGUUCACUUUUUAUAUAUUGCCCUGAUUUUCUGUUUAACAUACGAGCUUCUAGUCCUGGACUAGGGUACAUUCUGAUUUACGUUGGAUAAAGUUACAUUUAGGUCCGACACCAAUUCACUUGAGUCGGGUAUACGAUAAAUUGACAGAAUGUCCGGUGGUGUCCUCUGGGUUGGACAAUAUCCGCGACCGACCCAUAUUUGAAGAUCUGGCACAGUAGGGUUUAGUGAAAUUCGCAACAGGAUUUUAUAUCUUAUUAUGAUCUGAAACACUAUGGAUCAGAGUUGAUGAGAGUUGAGAAGCGAGUGUUUACAUGAGAGUUUUCUCGACUCUCAUGCCCCGGUCAAACGAGAACAAGAGUUGGAUGAGAUCAUGAGAGUUGAUGAGAGUUGAGAAGCGACUGUUUACAUCAGAGUUUUCUCAACUCUCAUGCCUCGGUCAAACGAGAACAAGAGUUGCAUGAGAGUUGAGAAGCGACUGUUUGCAUGAGAGUUUUCUCAACUCUCAUGUCCCGGUCAAACCAGAACAAGAGUUGCAUGAGAGUUGACUGAAAAUUAUCACGUGCGUAGCAAAAACUUUCAUCAACUCUCAUCAAAAUUUGAACCAGCUCAUAGAUGGGAGUCAAACGCGAGCGAGAGUUGCAAUCACCUCAUCAACUCCCCUCCUCGUUUGACCGUGACACUAAUGAGUGACAUGUCUUCGUAUUUCUAGGGCAACGAGGAGCGUCAUUGCAAUCACCAGAAAUGUAUCAAUUGCGAGAAGGAAUCGGUCGAAUGACUGAAAAGGUAUUUUUUAUUGCUUAGUUGGGGAAAUGUGUGACAUCUUUUGGUUAAACUAUCUUUUCUUGUUGUAUUACAGAUUAGCAAUGUAGCGUCAGGCGUUUUAUCGACAAUACAGGUAUGGCAAACUAACUUUGUACUGAAUAGCUCUAUCAGUUCUAAACAGUAAGAUUCAGAUUCUAAACAUUAAGUUUCUUAUAGAUUCAAUGUCACUACAGGAGGAAACUUAAACUAAAUUAACUUUAUUUAUACUGGAUAUAGCUAUAUAUAUAUAUAUAUAUAUAUAUAUAUAUAUAUAUAUAUAUAUAUAUAUAUAUAUAUAUAUAUAUAUAUAUAUAUAUAUAUAUAUAUAUAUAUAUAUAUAUAUAUAUAUAUAUAUAUAUAUAGCUUAAGAUUUUGGUUUACGAAACACAAACAGUGCUCAAUACCAUAUAGAUAGAGCGUAAUAUAGUUUUCCGUUUUACCUCAAAAAACCACAACAGUCUGUUUCAUCCGUUGAGGUAAAACGGAAAACUAUAUAUAUAUAUAUAUAUAUAUAUAUAUAUAUAUAUAUAUAUAUAUAUAUAUAUAUAUAUAUAUAUAUAUAUAUAUAUAUAUAUAUAUAUAUCAAUCAGUUCUGCACUGUUCUCCUUAGAGGUCCAGUAAGGAUCAUCUCUUAUUGGUCCAGUGUUAAUGCAGGAGGAAACCUAAACUAAACUAACUUCAUUUAUAUUGGAUAGCUCUAUCAGUUCUAAACUGUUCUCCCUAGAGGUCUAGUAAGGAUCAUCUCUUAUUGAUCAGUGUUACUACAGGAGGAAACCUAAACUAAACUAACUUUAUUUAUACUGGAUAGCUCUAUCAGUUCUAAACUGUUCUCCCUAGAGGUCUAGUAAGGAUCAUCUCUUAUUGAUCCAGUGUUACUACAGGAGGAAACCUAAACUAAACGAACUUUAUUUAUACUGGAUAGCUCUAUCAGUUCGAAACUGUUCUUCCUAGAGGUCCAGUAAGGAUCAUCUCUUAUUGAUCCAGUGUUACUACAGGAGGAAACCUAAACUAAACUAACUUUAUACUGGAUAGCUCUAUCAGUUCGAAACUGCUCUUACUAAGUAAGGAUUAUCUCUUAUUGCUCGAGUAUAUUUUAAAUGUUUCAGGACCGUUAUAACUCUGGUUACAAUGGCUAGCGGACUAUUCCAAUACACAUUUCUUCAAUUAUAAUGGUGCGGGAAAUCAAUUUGCUUCCAGACAAUGCAAGGUACCAUAUAUAUGUACAACUUAGGUAUGUGAUUUUCAAAAUUUGAAAACAGUUCUCAAUUGCGUUAUUCGCUGUGUGCACAACAAGUUCGUACGGUUACGGAUGUUGACAAACUCUCUUAUAAAUAGCCCAAGAUAGCUCAUAAUAAUGUGAUUUAC